UGCGCGCGAUGGCGAGUGGUGUUGUAAAGCGCGCCGGCUUCAAGAACGUAAACAGCGCAGGCUUCUUCAAACCCUCCAACGAAGAGAAGGGACUCAAAUUAUGCCGCAGCAGGCACGUUUUCGACGUGACGGAAGAGAUCACGGUCGGACAGAGUAUUCUGAAAGCGCGAUGCGUGCGACAGGCCAACGUGAAUCAGGAAGCAUACGCCGUCAUCAUCGAGCUUGAUGCAACUAGGCUGAUCACCAGAGCUCACUGCAACUGUAGGGGCGGUGUUGAAGGCCACUGCAAGCAUGCAGCAGCAGUUGUAGCUUUCGUCAACAGCGAAGAGUCUGUUACAAAGACGUCACAACCAAACAAAUGGAAGUCACCCUCCAACAAGCAACUAAAGCUAUACACAAAAGGCGUGCCAUUUAAGGAAAUGUUCCAACCAAAAACAUCUCCCGCAGUUGUUGCAUCAUACAUACCACAAGAUGUCGUAAAAAUGAACAGUUCGCAAGGACUUAUGCUAAGAGCAUUUCUAGAUUUGAAAGAAAAUGCAAAGAGGCUCGAAGAGCUGCUUCCAAAGAUUGCGUGUUCAUCACCUUGUUAUUAUUCAUUAGAAUGUAAAAUAGAAGAUGUUACAGACAUGGAACACAUCAUGAUUGAUGAGGACAUGUGCAGUGCUAUAGCCAAUAGGACCGUUCAGCAAAGCUUGUGUCCAGAGUGGCACAAACUCAGGAGAGAACGACUCUCUGCGAGCUCCAAAGCCCACAGGAUUCGCGUGCGGGAAAGGGAUUUUGAGAAGCUCGCCCAUGACCUUGUUCACCAGAAGCAUUUCUACAAUGAAGCUUGCAGGUAUGGAACUGCAAUGGAAGCCACUGCAAGAAAGGACUAUGAGGGAGAAACAGGCCGCACAGUCACCCGCAUAGGUCUUGUCGUCAGCAAAGUGCAGAGCUGGCUUUGUUGUAGCCCGGAUGGUCUAGCACAGGAUGACGAUGUCAUCUUAAUUGAGAUCAAGUGCCCGUUUCGAUGUCGGGAUAAGCCAAUUCAUGAAAAUGCAACUCUAGCUGUGGACUACUUGCAUGUGGUAAAUGAGGAACUGCAACUGAAAGAAAACCACGCAUACUAUACACAAGUUCAGGUGUCACUGUAUGUUCUGAACCUUGAAUUAUGCCACUUUGUUGUGUACUCACCACUCCAGCUGGUUGUAGUCAAAGUAAGGCGAAAUGAAGAAUUCUUGAAAUUCAUCAUUCCAAAGAUGGAAUGGUUUUAUUUUAAAUUUUACAAGAAUGAGGUAACGAACAAUCAUUCAUAAGUGUGCUAAAUUACCUGCAAGGCUAGCUAAAGUAAU